UUUUCAGGGAUCCUGUUUACGAUGCUGGUAUUUGGACCAGCCUGUGGAUUUAUCUUGGGCUCCUUCUGUACCAAAAUCUAUGUGGAUGCUGUCUUCAUUGACACAAGUAAGCUGGACAUCACCCCGGACGACCCUCGCUGGAUCGGCGCGUGGUGGGGAGGCUUCCUGCUCUGUGGUGCCUUACUCUUCUUCUCGUCCCUGCCGAUGUUCGGGUUCCCGCAGUCCUUGCCCCCGCGGCCGGAGCUCGCGGUGGAGAGCGAGCAGGCCAUGCUGCCCGGCCGGGACUACGAGAGGCCCAAGCCGAGCAACGGGGUCCUGCGGCACGCGCUGGACACCGAGAGCACCACGUCCUGCUUCCAGCAGCUGCGAGUGAUCCCCAAAGUAACCAAGCACUUGCUCUCCAACCCCGUCUUCACCUGCAUCAUCCUGGCAGCGUGCAUGGAGAUCGCCGUGGUGGCCGGUUUCGCCGCCUUCCUGGGCAAAUACCUGGAGCAGCAGUUCAACCUCACCACCUCAUCCGCCAACCAGCUCCUGGGGAUGACAGCAAUCCCGUGCGCGUGUCUGGGCAUCUUUCUGGGUGGCCUCUUGGUGAAGAAGCUCAGCCUGUCUGCUCUGGGAGCCAUCAGGAUGGCCAUGCUGGUGAACCUGGUGUCCACGGCUUGCUACGUGUCGUUCCUGUUCCUGGGCUGUGACACCGGGCCUGUGGCAGGGGUUACUGUUCCCUAUGGAAACAACUCCACUCCGACCUCACCUCUCGACCCGUAUGCCCCCUGCAAUAACAACUGUGAAUGCCAAACCGAUUCCUUCACUCCCGUGUGCGGGGCCGACGGGGUCACCUACUUAUCUGCCUGCUUUGCUGGCUGCAGCAGCACGAAUCUCAGCGGUUGUUCGUGCCUCAGCUCUCUCCCAGCUGAAAACGCGACGGUCGUUCCUGGAAAAUGCCCCAGUCCCGGCUGCGAAGAGGCCUUCCUGACAUUCCUGUGCGUGAUGUGCGUUUGCAGCAUGAUCGGGGCCAUGGCGCAGACGCCGUCGGUCAUCAUACUCAUCAGAACCGUGAGCCCUGAACUCAAGUCUUAUGCUUUGGGGGUGCUUUUCCUGCUGCUCCGUUUGCUAGGAUUUAUCCCACCUCCGCUGAUCUUUGGGGCUGGAAUUGAUUCCACGUGUCUGUUCUGGAGCACGUUUUGUGGCGAGCAAGGAGCCUGUGCGCUGUAUGACAAUGUGGUCUAUAGAUACCUGUACGUUAGUAUUGCUAUAGCCCUGAAGUCUUUUGCAUUCAUCUUGUAUACCACCACCUGGCAAUGCUUGAGGAAAAACUAUAAAAGAUACAUCAAGAACCACGAAGGUGGUCUCAGCACUAGUGAGUUUUUUGCCUCUACUCUCACCCUAGACAAUCUGGGGCGGGACUCGGUGCCCCAAAAUCAGUCGCACAGGACAAAAUUUAUCUAUAACCUUGAAGAUCAUGAGUGGUGUGAAAAUAUGGAGUCUGUUUUAUAGUGACUAUGGAUGGAUGAACUACAUUAAUAAUGUAAAGGUCCUUUUUUUAAAAAAAAAAAUGAAGCGAGAAUGAAGAAAUAUAAUUGCAAAGCAACGGCAACACAGGAAACUUUUGUCUUUUUCUCAAAAUCAGAUCCAUCCGGGAUUCAGAACAACCUCCUCUUUUAAUGGGAUCGCUUUUGAAAUCCUGUGGGAGUGAUGGAGAAAACAGAGCACGGAUGUGGCUGGGUACCAGCCCAUCUGGUGGUAGUACAA